ACGGACCGUCAUCGUCCUCGUCUCAUCGCGGACGCCCGAGCCCCCCUGAUCUCGGAGCCUGUUUUCGUCUUUGGGAGCCCUAGAUUCUCUCCAGCUUUCCCUUUCCUCCACGUCGCGUCCCUCCCUCCGCGGUUCUCGGCCCGAUCGCCGCCGCCGACGAAAAUGCUCCUGUUCGUGGCCGAUCUUUUCAGAGAUACAGAGUGCACAAAUCUUUAUGCACAGGCCAAUGCAGCGUCAGGCAUGGCUGUGAAUGAUGAUUGCAAGCUGAAGUUUUUGGAAUUGAAGGCAAAGAGAACUUACCGUUUCAUAAUUUUCAAGAUCGACGAGAAGCUGAAGCAGGUCAUUGUGGAGACGGUUGGUGAGCCUGCAUUGAGCUAUGAGGAUUUCACUGCCAGCCUUCCGGCCAAUGAAUGCAGAUAUGCGAUUUAUGACUUUGAUUUUGUGACUGAAGAGAACUGCCAGAAAAGCAAGAUCUUUUUCAUCGCCUGGUCUCCUGACAUCUCAAGAGUGAGAAGUAAGAUGCUUUAUGCCAGCUCCAAGGAUAGAUUCAAGAGGGAGCUUGAUGGCAUCCAGGUGGAAUUGCAAGCAACUGAUCCUACUGAGAUGGGCCUUGAUGUUAUAAGAGGCCGUGCAAAUUAAGUAUGCACUGCCUGGUUGCGUGGUGGCGAUAUACCCCCUGCAGUCUGGUUGCUUUACUGAAUAUGUUUAUAGUUCCAUGGGGUGGUGAAUUCGCUAGAUAUCAUUUGUGCUUGUUUAUAGUUCUGUGCAAAUUUGCUUUUUGGGCUAUAUCAUAUGAUUUGUUGUUUUGUUGAACCUGUGACAUAUGCCUACUUGUAGCCCGACAUCUACAGGCUAAUGAUAUGCAAUAGUUUGUGGGGUUAGACUGGUAGGAAAUGCUUGUAGCUUGCUUCUAUAACUCUGUAAUGGAUACUUGACUGAUCUGGUGUUUUUUCAUUUGGACUACGGGUGUGCUGAGCUUUAGCCCCUUAGAGAGAGAGAGAGAGAGAGUGUGUGUGUGUGUGUGUUGUUUGCUGUUUGUUGCUCCUAUUUUUGUCAUUGUUCUGCCAAUUUAUUUUCUUGUAUCUAGUGGAUUGGCUUGUAGUUGCUAUGGAA